CGCACAUAAUUUUCAUGAUUGAUCGCGAUCGAUUGUAAUUGCUCACGAUCGCGAGCAAGGACGAAAUCCAAAAGGAGUCAAAUGGGCGCGAAACGGCGGAGAGUAUUCUCGCGAUGCAGACAGGACGCACAAGAAUGCAAGAGUGUCGGAUACACGUUGGAUAGUUUACCGCCGGAAAUCCUCAGUAUCAUCCUGAAGAUGCUACCAUUGCACGACGUAGCCUGCACCGUUCGUUUAGUCUCCAGACGCUGCUACGACAUUGCUGCCACCGUACUGAACAGCGAAUUUCUAGUGGCUGGCACCAAGCUUGAGAUUGCAAUAAAACGCACGGAAGACCUCAUGAACAACGUAAAGACUAACACGGAGUUAGUAGAAUGCAACAAAAUUUUUAACGCGCUGGAACUUAUUCGCUGCCAAUAUCGAAUGCUGAAGGCAGUCACAUGGCGAUAUACCCAUCCAAGAUCACGUGAUUUACCCAUCUCCUGCUUUUACGGCGGUAGAAUCCUCGAUAAUCUCAAUUGCCUACUGCAGACGGUCUUCAAUCCUUGCCAAGAGUCGCGCGUCUUUAGUUAUAUCGACCUGCAGAUCUUCACACGCACUUGCGAGAAUUUCAUGGAUCACUUCGAAAAAGUUACUGAACGCAAAAUAAAUGGACAAAUCGUCAAUAGAUCUGCGCUGGUAUCAGGAUGUAAGAUAGUCGACGUUCUGGACUGUCUGGAAGAAGGUCGGCAGGUGCUAUCCUUUAGGAUUUCAUCAAGAACUGACAAUCCCGUGGUCAGCAUGCAUCUCAAAUACGUCUUAAGACGCGCAUGGUUCACAUGCUUACGGGUGCCUAAUGCAAGUAACGAGUAUUGCUGGCGGGACAAGCAACGAUAUAUGUAUCUGAGAUUACGCCGUUUAGUUGGCAGCUACAACAAACAUCUGUUUCAUAAGCUGCAUUAUGAACGCAAGCUCAUUCUUCGAGCGCCAUCGUUAGCAUCCCGAAGACCACCGCCGGCUUCCACGUAUUCAGGAUAUGGCGAAUAUGGGGGCCAGUUCUUUUAUUAUGGUAAUAUGAGCAAAUACGCUUACGAGAAUAGAUUCAAAUACACCAGGAUCAGUAACGCGGGAAACACUGGCGGAGAAAUUGAAGAGGAGACUAAUAGGCCUUGCUUCGAUUUGAUCAUUGGAAUCCAAUUAAGAUGUUCGCCAGAAUUAGCGCCGCUUGCCACAAGGAUGAAUCUGAAAACAGACAGCCUUGAUAGCUGCGGUACCAAUCCGAAUCAAGAAUUAUACCUGAAACUAAGUGUAAAAUGCGCGGUGUCCAAGAUCAACAGACUGCCAGAUACCUUCACCUGGGAGGUGUGUAAUCCUCGAAAGAACCGUUUGCAAUGUCGGUGAA